CUUGAAAAAUCAUUCAUUUCAGCUGUUUAAGUAAUCUUUCAAUAAUCUUAUUUACACUUUUUUGAUUUUUUUUGACUUUGUUUUCAUCUUCAAUUCAAUAAAUUAAUCAUGUCUGGACGUGGUAAAGGAGGUAAAGUUAAGUCAAAGGCCAAGUCACGAUCAUCCCGUGCAGGUCUUCAAUUCCCUGUUGGUAGAAUCCAUCGUCUCUUGAGAAAGGGAAACUAUGCUGAACGAGUUGGUGCUGGUGCUCCAGUUUACUUGGCUGCCGUUCUUGAGUAUUUGGCUGCUGAAGUUUUAGAAUUGGCUGGUAAUGCUGCCAGAGAUAACAAGAAAACUCGUAUCAUCCCCCGUCAUCUUCAACUCGCCAUCAGAAACGACGAGGAAUUGAAUAAGCUUCUUGCUGGAGUAACCAUUGCUCAAGGUGGUGUUUUACCUAACAUUCAAGCUGUUCUUUUACCCAAAAAGAGUGACAAGAAAGCUUAAUUCUGUGUACAACCUCUAUCAUCAUCAUGACCCUUCCCUUCAUUAUUUAAACCAAAAACGGCCCUUUUCAGGGCCAAUAAAUAUUUACGAAAAGAAGUUUUAUGCUAUUCUCAAUCAUCUCUAUUCCUAUUUAAAUCUAAAGCCUUCUAGUGAUUACGUUUCAAAUCUGUUUUUGUAAUUUAAACAUUUCUACAUUAAAAGAUACAUUUUCAAGUUUCAA